UACGUGUGAAAUCUGUGAAUGAUCACAGAGGUCACAUGGUACAAGGCUAUUCACAACAGCCUUGUACCAUGUGACAAGCUGUGACCAAUCACAGCUCACACACAUUGGACAGCAGCAUGGUAUGGGUGGUAAAAUACAUCCCGUAUAGAGUGCAUCCACUGGAGAUUGUGCUAGCCGCGGCCACGGAUGUCAAUCACCGGGUCCCAGCCGGUAAUUACCCGCCGUGCCCAGUGAUUAACGAGCAUCUCUAACGAGGAGAAAGAUUGUUUUAAUUACAAACAAUCUUCCUCCCUGUCAGCUCGAGCACACUGCUUGGGA